GAUAAAUCUCCCCCAAUAUGUGUAAGACAGUCUAGAGUUACGCGGUUUAAGGUAUAUCUAAACUAGGGGUUGUGCCACUAACAACAUUAAUCCCCUAUCCACGGGAUAGGAGAUAAAUGUAUGAUCACAGGGACCCCCAUCGAUCACGAGAGGAGAUCCAAUCCCUUGUCUGAACAAAGUGGUAGUCACAAGGAUCAGGACCGUGUCUCAAUUUACUUUUCAUGGGACCAACUAUAGAAUAGUGCUAUACUCGCUCAGUCACAUAGACCGUGAAUGCGGAGGCAGCACAUACAUGUGACUGCUGGUCCAUUCAGAUGGGGGAUUCAGGUCAUAAUACAGCAACGUUUGUCCAGUUUAGACCCCCAAGUACAAUGCACGGUCAUGUACAAGGAACCUUGCAAGGGUUGAAAAGUGGCCCCAGACAUCCCAACACAGCCAGUCCACACCUCGCCUCUCAGGAGAGGGCUAGGAUGGAAAAAGUGGGACCCCCCUCCCCGGUACUACCAGGAUGGUCUCAAGUUUGUGAGGGAAUACAAGCUGGAGGGUCUCAAGUCCCACUUGUGGAAACCAAAGUCUGUCCACAAGUUUAUCAGAAGAAAGGAUUUAGUGGCACCUAUUCUAGGGCUCUCCGAAGCCUCGGCUGACCGUGUGGAAACGUGGCUUCUAAUAGGCUUAACAAUGGGCACAAAGACGUGGCAUGGAUGGCCAUUCAGGAGGGCCUGCCCAGGGGUCAAGUCCUGCAAAAAAAAGUGUGGGAACUCCCAAGAUUUCCACUCAAAGGGCUGGUCCUGCAGGACUCCUGCUGUGAAAAAAAGUGCAGGAACUCCAUUCCCAUGUGCUACUGUACUUGAGCCCUGGAGCUGCCCCAGAGUAUGCUCAAGGACUUUGCAACACCAGGACCUGCUGUAAUCUGCAGCCCAUCUUACACAAUCCAGCACCUCCUCGCUCACUCCCACCUCCCGGGUCCCUUUAAUCGGCUUGGGUGCUGUACCGUCCUCCUCACUCUGCCACCAACCAAUCCUCGGGCUGCCAUGCUGCUCUUGCUCCUCUUGGUGCUGCCACUCUCUCAGGGAGGGGAGCUGAAAAAGCCGGCGCUGAACGAAGAGUUCAACGUGGUGGUGUACGGGACACUGCAACUGGGGCAGGCCCUGGGGGACACUUACAGUUCUACCACUGACAAACUGCAGAGGAUCAUGGGUAGGCAGGGCAAGUUGGAGAAGAAGCUGGAGAUGCUGCAGGCGGAGGUUUCCCGGACAAGGCAAGGGACGAGACGGAUUGGCGAGGAGAUCGAGAGGCUCCAGAGAGAAGAGCUGGAGACCAGAUCUCUCGCCCACAAGGCGGCAGAGGAUGUGCGGGACGCCCAGACGGAGUACGCAGAGCUCCAGAGAAGGGUGCAGGAUCUGGAGAAAGGGGUGCGAGCUCAGCAGCAACAUCAUCCUAAUCUAAAGGAGCGGGUAGAACAGCAGAGUCUAAUUCUCCAAGUCAUCACUUCAGAAUCGUCGCGGCAGAAGAGGCAGAUGGCGGAGCAGAGGAAAAGACUUCUUACCAUCCUCAAACAGGCCUCUGCUAUUGGUGAAAGAUGAUGGCCAAGGAAGAACCUAAAGGGUCAUCAUUAUGGCCAAGGAAGAACCUAAAGGGUCAUCAUUAUGGCCAAGGAAGAACCUAAAGGGUCAUCAUUCUAUUGGGCCACGUUCCUCUUGGUCAUAAGCUGGGGACAGGGUGCUUUGGAUCCAAAAAGCUUCCAGGCCUACCACCCAAACCAGCAGGAAGACAAGGCCAUGUCACCAAGGGCCGCAGACGCUACCGCACCACCAUGAUACGAGCACGCUUAAUGUAGUAUAUAUAUAUAUAUUCUUCCUUGUGUCAUUAUUCCCUGUUUUUCUUGUAUUUUAUUCAUGUAUCAGGAAGGUGGACGGAAGCUGUAUAUAUGUAUAUAUGUAUAUAACUGUAUAAUUAUUAUGAUUAUUAUUAUAGCCUGUGACCGUUUUCUCUCUGUAUUUCUAUGGACCUGGAGUCCUUUCUUACUUGCGGUAUAUAAUGAAGCUUCUCGGUGACCGGCGAGGGGGUUGUCCAUUAUUUAAUUUUGUACAAGUAUUGAUGUUUUGAUGAUGGAGAAGAUGGAAACGGCAUCAAUAAAACACUCUCUA